AUGCCGAAGAAUCGAAAGUCCGCGAAGCCCGCGAAGGGGAUCACCAAGGCGUUUUCCUUUUGGCAGGACCGAGAGAUUCGCUUCGACUCGCCCGUCUCCGUCCUGCAACUCCGCGACAACACCGAGCACGUCUACGCCACCUUCAAAAACGUCGAGGAUACGAAGGGCAACGGCGGCCACUCAGGCGUGCUGCUCGUGACAAACCUGCGGCUGCUGUGGUGGAGUACAGCCCGCAGCACGCUGAACCUCAGCAUCGGCUACUACUGCAUGCAGCAGGUGACGGCGCAGGAGACGCAGUCGAAGAUGGCCGGGGGCACGACGGAGUCCCUCACGAUCAACGCGAAGUUCGGCGCCAGUCGUUUUCAAUUUCUCUUCUCCGUGGUGCACGGCCCCAGCAGCGCCGAGGGCGGAACAAGCGGUGGCAGUGGCAGUAGUGGACACGGCGGGUCUGCCGGUCAGGUCAACACCCUUCUCACCCACGCAGAGGCCACCGCGCAGCGCACCGCGCUUGCGCAGAAGGAUGCGGCGGCGCAGCGGCGGUUGCACGCCACCGUCCACGCUGUCCGGAGCGCCUACGACAGCACCCGCGUCUACCGCGAGCUGCGCGUGCGGGGGGCCGUCGUGCAGGGCGGCAACGUCGUUCUCCUGCCGGGCGAGCAGGUCAUCUCUCGCAACGCCGGCAUUACAAACGUGAGUAAGGAGGAGGGUGUUAUCGGCGUGUUUGUCGCGACGAACAUCCGCGUUGUGUGGUUCGCGGCGGCGGAGUCGUUUAACGUGUCGGUGCCCUACUUACAGUUCACCGGGCUGCGGUCCCAACAGAGUCGGUUUGGGCAGACGCUGGUGAUAGAGACGUCGAGCUACGCCGGCAACUUCGUCCUCGGCUUCCGCGUUGACUCGGAUGAGAAGCUGAAGGAGAUGUAUACCGAGAUCGGCUCGCUGUGGCGCACCUGGACGGCGCGGCCGAUACUAGGGAUGCACGUGGAGUUGCAAGACACGAUGUCCGCCUCGAUGCUCGAGGACACGUUGGACGACGAGGACCUGCCCAAGACAGGAGCCCAGCAGCGCAGCAGUCAGCAGGCACGGGUGUGGGACGCCCUCAUGAAGAGCAACACCGGCGGCGGCGCAGGUAAGUCAGAGCGGCAGCUGGAGGGACACGACGUGGUGCAGGAUGCGCCGAGUGAUGCGUUUGCCGCGUACUACGCCGAUGAGGGGCAGAAGGGCGCGGACCGCCGCCCCGUCUAUGAGCCGUCGAUCGGGCUGGCGGUGGAGAAGCUGCGCAAAGGAGCCACGAUGCAGAGUCUGUGGGACGCUUCCGUGCCGUCGUAA